CGGAAAUAUUGACUGUAAAUUUCCGGGGUGUGAGUUUACUUCCUUGUUUCCCAAGACUGAAAGAUGUCCAAGUCAGGCAAUUCUAGAGCUUUUCGUAAAGUUGACGUGGACCAGUUUGACGAAGAUAAAUACGAAGAACAAGAUGAUGAGAACGAGCAGAUUUCUGGCCCGAAUGAGUCGGAUGUUAACGCUCUUUUGGCACAAGGAAAGAACAGUGAUGCCUUAAAAAGUGCACUGAAAAAUGCACCAGUUGGAAGUAAAGAUCAAAAGUUAAAAAAUAAAGCUGUGCAAUUAGUGACAAGAGUCCUGACAUCUUUUAAGUCAAAUGAAAUUGACUCGUGUGUGAAAUCUUUAGAUACAGUGACAUUAGAUUUACUUAUGAAAUAUAUAUAUAAAGGAUUUGAAAACCCAUCAGAGGGAAGCAGUGGUGCACUUUUAACUUGGCAUGAAAAGGCUUUUGCUUUAGGUGGUUUAGGAACAGUUAUGAGAGUUUUAACAGACAGGAAGUGUGUAUGAAAACAUGACAAAAUACAUUCUAAAAAAAUUUAUAUGAGCGCAGAAACUCUGAUAUAUUUUAUAGAUAUGAACAAUUUUAUUACAAAUACUUAUGUUAUGACUGAUAUUUGAGAACAAAAAGAAAUCAAGUUGUUCCAGUGCCAACUGUAACAUUCAAUAUGUACAUAUGUCCUGUAUGUAUAUGUCAGGUUUUCUGUAGACUACCCAUCUACUUCAUUAUUAAAAGUAUAUACAUUACUAGAAUUAUGCACUGCUGAGAAUUUUUUUUAUUAAUAAAUAACGUAAAAAAUC